CCAUAAUUUGUUCAAAUCUCAGGCCAGAGAAGAUCCCUCCCAAAAAAAGAAGAAAAAAAAGUCUACAAACAGCAGCAUCUGAAAUUUAUUGUUCUAUUGAAAUUGCAUACUAGCUGAGAUAAGUUUGCAUUGCAGUGAUUGUUGCAGGAGCAGCCAUGGCAGCUAAUGCAGCUUUGGCAUCUUCAAGAAUCCCAACAAACUCCAGAUUCCCUUCCAACACCAUUCAUUCUUUCCCUGCUCAGUGCUUCUCUAAGAAGCUUGAGGUAGCCGAAUUCUCCGGCCUUAGGUCCACAAGUGGAUGUGUGACCUUUGCCAAGAAUUCUAGAGACGCUUCUUUCUAUGAUACAGUGGCUGCUCAGCUUACUCCCAAGACUGUUGGAUCAGCACCGGUUAAAGGCCCAACUGUCGCCAAAUUGAAGGUAGCUAUCAAUGGUUUCGGGCGCAUUGGAAGGAACUUCCUUCGAUGCUGGCAUGGCCGGAAGGACUCCCCUUUGGAUGUCAUUGUAGUGAACGACAGUGGUGGCGUAAAAAACGCCUCUCAUUUGCUCAAGUACGACUCCAUUCUCGGCUCCUUCAAGGCUGAUGUUAAGGUAGUCGACAACACUACCAUCAGUGUGGACGGGAAGCCCAUUCAAGUAGUCUCCAACAGGGACCCUCUCCAACUCCCUUGGGCUGAUCUUGGCAUCGACAUUGUCAUUGAGGGAACGGGAGUGUUUGUGGACGGUCCAGGAGCCGGGAAGCACAUCCAAGCUGGAGCCAAGAAGGUCAUAAUUACAGCGCCGGCUAAAGGCGCUGACAUACCGACCUACGUUGUUGGCGUAAACGAGCAGGACUACUCUCAUGAGGUCUCUAACAUCAUAAGCAAUGCUUCUUGCACAACCAACUGUUUGGCUCCAUUCGUUAAGAUCAUGGAUGAAGAGUUUGGCAUUGUCAAGGGUACAAUGACAACUACGCACUCUUACACUGGCGAUCAGAGGCUUUUGGAUGCUUCGCAUCGCGAUCUGAGGCGAGCGAGAGCAGCAGCGCUGAACAUCGUGCCAACGAGCACGGGUGCAGCCAAGGCCGUGUCACUUGUGCUGCCUCAGCUCAAGGGCAAGCUGAACGGGAUAGCGCUACGUGUUCCCACCCCGAAUGUGUCGGUGGUCGACCUCGUCGUCAAUGUGGAGAAGAAAGGAAUCUCAGCUGAAGAUGUGAAUGCAGCUUUCAGAAAAGCAGCAGAUGGGCCAUUAGCAGGUGUGUUGGCUGUUUGCGACAUCCCUCUCGUCUCGGUCGACUUCCGGUGCAGCGAUGUCUCUUCCACCAUUGACUCGUCGCUGACGAUGGUCAUGGGCGACGAUAUGGUGAAGGUCGUAGCUUGGUACGACAACGAAUGGGGAUACAGCCAACGGGUCGUGGAUUUGGCACACUUGGUGGCGAACAAGUGGCCAGGCGCAUCGGCACAAGGCAGCGGAGACUCGCUGGAAGAGUACUGCGAGACCAGCCCUGCAGAUAAGGAAUGCAAAGUUUAUGAAGCUUGAUCGAAUUUCCUUCGAAUCAAUGUUUGCUGGAUCGUUUCGAUAAAUUGAAUUCUUGUUUUUGUCAUUGAGGACGAAUAUGUAUGCUUACGAUGAUAAAUUUCUAUCACAUAUCAAAUGCUUUUCUAUUGAAUAA